CCUUCGCCUUGAUAGGCCACAGCCAGCCAGCCCCAAGUUGAUUGAGUUUUUUGUUAUUUUUUUUUUCAGAUACUUUUUGGCGCUCGCCGCGAACGGAUGUGUGUGUAUAUUAUUUGUUUGUUUGUUUGUUGCUUCUAUUUUCUUUUGACUUUUACUUGAUUUUUUUGUGUUGUAAAAGUGUAUAUUGAAAGAUAAACAAUAUAUAUACAAAUCGUGUCAGAUAUUCUCUCAAUAUCUUCUCCAAUCGCUGUUCGUUUCAAACUCCCAAGUAAUAUUAACAAGUGUUUGUUGUGUUUUUUGUUUUAUCUACGAAAUAAGCAGCAGCAACAGAGCAACAGUAUGACUGAGGGCAAGAAUCUACCCAAUUCCAGUGCGGAUGUGCCAUUCCGUAGCAAGGAGCUGCGCAAACAAUCCCUUAUUCAGCACACGGGCCUGGUGGGUGUCAUCGAUGAGGGGACCAAGACAAUCGGUUUCUCAAUAUACACAACACCCGAUUUCAAAGAGAUAGCCGCACAUCGUGUCGAAUUGAGCGUUAUAACGCCACAAGAUGGCUGGUACGAGCAGGAUCCCUUGGAGAUAAUGGCCUCGAUAAACAAAUGCGCCGAGGAGGCUAUCAAACAGUUGCCCGAUCAGGGAUUCAGUGCCAGUGACAUUAGCACCGUGGGCAUCACAAAUCAACGUGAAACGACAAUCGUUUGGGAUGCGGUAACGGGUAAACCAUUGUAUAAUGCCCUCGUGUGGAAGGAUAUACGCACUAGCAGCACUGUCGAGCAAAUAUUGGCCAAAGUACAGGAUCCAAAUCAUUUUAGGAAUAGCACUGGCCUGCCCAUAUCCACAUACUUCUCGGCCCUCAAGAUACGUUGGCUCAAAGACAAUGUGCCGGAGGUGCGUCGGGCAUGUCGUGAGAAUCGCUGCAAGGCCGGAACCGUAGACAGCUGGAUUGUAUGGAAUUUAACCAACGGUGCUCUACACAUAACGGAUGUGACAAAUGCUUCACGUACUCUCCUCAUGAACCUCGAAACGCAAAAUUGGGAUCCCGUUCUGCUAAAGACAUUUGCCAUCAAAGAGGAAAUGCUACCCACAAUAAGAAGUUGUUCGGAAAUCUUUGGUAAAAUAACCUCAGAACGGAGUGUACUCCGUGGCAUGACAUUGAGUGGAAUAUUGGGUAACCAGCAAGCAUCCUUGCUGGGCCAGAUGUGUGUGAAGCCGGGCCAAACGAAAAAUACCUAUCGUUCGGGUUGCUUCCUCCUAUGCAAUACGGGUGAUAAACCCGUAUUCUCGCGUCACGGCCUGCUCACCACGGUGGCCUAUAAACUAGGACCCCAUGCCCCGACGAUCUAUGCCAUCGAAGGAGCUGUCUCUGUGGCCGGUCACGCCUUGUCUUGGCUACAACAGAAGGUUCGUCUACUGCCCGAUUCGCGUGAUGCUGAAAAAUACGCAGAGAUGGUGCCCACAUCGGGUGAUGUUUACUUUGUGCCCGCUUUUACGGGUCUCUAUGCUCCAUAUUGGCGGCAAAACGCCCGCGGCAUCAUUAUUGGCCUCACACAAUUCACGCGCAAAAAUCACAUUGUACGCGCUGCUCUGGAGAGCAUUUGUUUCCAAACGCGCGACAUACUCGAGUGUAUGCAUCAGGAGUGCGGCUAUGAGAUAAAUAAAUUGCAUGCCGAUGGCAAAUUGACAACAAAUAAUCUAUUAAUGCAACUGCAGGCAGAUACCGCUGGACUGCCAGUCUUUCGUUCCCAGUUGAUGGACUCGACCGCCUUUGGGGCGGCCAUGUGUGCCGCUCAAGCGGAUGGCAUCAAUUUGUGUAAAUUCGAGCCCGAGAAACGUUACUACGAGAAUGUCCACUACGACACAUUUCUGCCAACCACCACGGAUCUGGAGCGCAAGGAGCGCUAUGGCAAAUGGAAACGAGCUGUCGAACGUAGUCUUGGUUGGGUAAUUAAACAGAAAAAUACUCGCGAACAUAGCGAGGAGAACUAUCGCAUGUUAUCCUCAUUGCCAGCCAGUAUAUUCCUAAUUAGUAGCUUUGCCAUGCUUGUCCAUUCACUGGCGGCAACAGCUCACUAGUCAUUAGAAUCCAAUACCAAGAUGUCCACAAAAAGUACUUGGAUACUUGGAUUCUUCUUAGCUAGCUUGACAAGUGAUGUUCAUGAUGUACAUGACAAUUUACAUUAUUUCGGUUUUCGGUUGUGAUAAUUAGCCAUCUUUUUGUUUUUAUUUUCCAUGUAACAUUUGACAAAAUUGUAUAUAGUUACCUACCUAACUACCAGAGGGGAUAGAUAAACUCCUCCAAAAAAAAAAAAGAAAAAAAACUAAAAUUCAAUUCU